AUGAACAAGAGAGUGCUAUUUGCUUUUUAUAAGGGCGGCUGGUACUGCAAGCCCACUCUCCACUGGCAGAUGCUGGGGUUCGAGGAUGUGAUCGCGGAGCCCGAGCUCACCCACUCCUUCGACAGAGUCUGGAUCUGCAGCCACGCUCUGUUUGAGCUCAGCAAGUACGUGAUCUACAAACUCCUGACGCUGGUCCUUGCCAUACCCCUGGCCCUGGUCGUGGGGAUCAUCUUCGCGGCACUCAGCUGCCUGCACAUCUGGAUUGUGGUGCCUUUUGUGAAAACCUGUCUCAUGGUCUUGCCUUCAGUGCAAACUGUAUGGAAGAGCCUGACAGAUGUUUUUGCUGUACCGUUCUUUCAGAGCCUAGGCCGAUGCUUUGCCAUGGUUAAUAUACGCCUGGACCAAGAGUAAACAUCAGGGAUGUGACACUGCAGUAGUCAGGGCUGGUGUUAUACUUCUUUGCUAACCUAACAUACAAGCACUUACCCUUCAUUCCAAAGAGUUAAUUACAAUGGCUGGUUUAAGUGGGAACAUGAUAUUUUUAUUAAAACUCAUUUUUUAUCAGGGAGAUCCAUUUAAGAAUAAGUAGGCAGUUUUCAUAGCUUGCUGUUUUAACAACAGUGGUUGCAGAGUAUAUUGGCAACACUUUAUUUUAAUGGUACAUUGAUUGCUAGAUUACAGGAGAAUUCUCAUGGAGGUUUAACAGCCACCACAGUGAUAAUGAUUGGCAUUAUUACUAUAAAUAUUUCAAUGAAUAGGCUGUCAUACCUUAGACAAAACUGAUCUCUAGGGUUUCACAUUGACUUUACUGCAGUUCCACCAGGGAUCAUUUUUGGCUUCACUGUGCAAAAUGAUAAACACAGUCCUCUGUUAUCAGCAGUUAAAGUGAAUGUGACUCAUUGCAUAAACAUACAGGGAAAGGAACUGUUGUGUAAUUCUCCUAUAUUGAAGGUGAGAGGGAAGCUCCCUAGAAGUUUAUCAUUUAAAAUAAGGUGUUAGCUAAUGAUUUGUAACAUCAGCUAAUCUGUAUAUUUUAUUUAAUGAGAGGUUAACUUUGCUGUAUAUUUUGUACCUUUGUAAAUUACACUUGAUUGGUUUUCUUUGAUGCAUUAUUUCUCUAGUAUUUGAAUUCUAACCAACUUAUUAAGCAGCAAGAGUGAGAUGCUGCAAAAAAUAACUUUAGAUUAAACUAACUUAAUUAGAUAACUUAAGUAAAUUUUGUGCAAUUCUAGUAUAUUAAUUAUAAAUGAUUGCGUGUAAAAGCAAAAAUUAUAAGUGUUUUCAUACACAACUGUGCAAAAGAGCUGGAAAUAUCUGUUUAUGAGAAAUGGUUUUUAUUAAAAUGGGGUAUAGUAAACACAA